GUCUUCAAGCGCGAGAUGGGUAGAGUUAUGGGAGACGUAGUUCCAACCUCACCAGUGGUCUAUGAGGAUCCACCCCAUAAAGAACUACAAGGCCCAGCAUGCCCCUGCCGGUCAGUGCGCAUGCGCAGCGGUGAGCGGCAUCCAGCGGCUGCUCUCCUCUCUGCUGAGUCUGGAGGCGUUGCCAUGGAACCGGCCUGGAGACAGCAGGGCAGGGGUCGGGGCCGGGCUCAGGAGGGUCAAGGUGAGAGGCCCCGCCCCCUGCAGAAGGACAGGCCCGGGGUCCCAGCAGGACGGGGAGAGAAGACGAACCCUGGACCUGCCAAAGGUGAGUCCGUACAGUCCAAGUUCGAGGAGAUCCGGAGGUCCAACCAGGCCGCAGCCCAGCGCCUGGUGGAGAGCCGGGUCAGCUCCUCUUCCUCCGAUGAAGAUAAUGACGACGAUGAUGAUGAUGGAGACGGACAGAGAGGAAGGAUCCUGGAGUCCACCUUUACCUCCUACACCAGCCAGACAGGCGGCGAUGCGUCGGCUCUGACCAGAACCGGCCAGUACCUCAGCGACAUGUUCCAGUCCGGAGCGCUCACCUGCCUGAUCUGCAUCGCCUCGGUCAAGAGGACGCAGCCGGUGUGGAGCUGCUCCGGCUGCUUCUCCCUCUUCCACCUGCCCUGCAUCCAGAAGUGGGCCAGAGACUCGGUCUUCCUCAUCUCUUCUGCCACUGAUGAAGACUUUGGUCAGAAGCAGCAUCCCUGGCCCUGUCCAAAGUGCAGAACCGAAUAUCCUCCCAGCGCCACGCCCAACAGGUACAUGUGCUACUGCGGGAAGCUGCAGGACCCUCCAGCCGACCCCUGGCUGGUUCCUCACUCCUGCGGCUCCAUCUGCCAGCAGGAGCUCAAACCCAGCUGUGGACACACCUGCCUGCUGCUCUGUCACCCUGGUCCAUGUCCACCAUGUCCAAAGAUGGUGUCCGUGUCCUGCUUGUGUGGCAAAGCUAAGCCCCUCCCCCGUCGCUGUAGCAACAAGUCCUGGUCCUGCCAGCAGCAGUGUGGGAAGCUGCUGGGCUGUAAGCAGCACACCUGUACCCAGCUCUGUCACACAGAGUGCCCCCCCUGUCCCAGGGUCAGCCUCCAGAGGUGUGUGUGUGGACGGCAGACAGCAGAGCGGCCCUGUGCCAGCCCCCGCUGGACCUGCCAGCAGGUGUGUGGAGCGCAGCUGUCCUGUGGGAACCACACCUGUGAGGAAGUGUGUCACGAUGGAGCGUGUCCUCCAUGUCCCCGCUCUGUCAGCAGAUCCUGUCCCUGCGGGAAGACCAAGUCGUCUCUGCCGUGCACAGAGGAAGUGCUGCCCUGUGGCGACACGUGUGACCGCCGCCUGUCGUGUCUGAAGCACACGUGUUCGAUGCGGUGCCACCGAGGGAGCUGUGAGACCUGCAGACAGGAGGUGGACAAGGCGUGCCGCUGCGGGCGCCACAGGAAGCCGAUGGCGUGCCAUAAGGAGUACCUCUGUGACGCCAAGUGUCCUCAGACCAGGAACUGCCAGAGACACCAGUGCAGGAGGAAGUGUUGCCCUGGUAACUGCCCGCCCUGCGAUCAGAUCUGUGGUCGGACUCUGGGCUGCCGGAACCAUAAGUGUCCCUCCGUCUGUCACCAAGGAAGCUGCUACCCAUGUCCAGAGACGGUUCCGGUCCGCUGCAGCUGCGGCUCGUCGGUUCUGGUGGUUCCGUGCGGCCGGGAGCGCAGCACCAAGCCGCCCCGCUGCAGGGAGCCCUGCAGGCUGCCCCCCAGCUGCCACCACCGGGACGGGGAGCCCCACCGCUGCCACCCGGGGCCCUGCCCGCCCUGCGCGCGCCCCUGCCUGCUGCCGCUGCCCGGCUGCUGCCACGCCUGCCCUCAGCCCUGCCACGACCUGGUUCUGGUCCGGUCCCAGCAGGUCCAGUUGGCCGGGCCGUGGGAGCAGCCGGCGGAACCGACCUUCAUGAAGAAAGCGCUGCCCUGCCCGCCCUGCCAGGUCCCCAUCCCCACGUCCUGCUUCGGGGAGCAUGAGGUGAGCCCGGUCCCGUGUCACCGUCAGGGCCGUUUCUCCUGCGGUCGGGCCUGCGGGCGCCCAGAAUGGGACUCUAUUGAAGCUGGGAGCUUCUGGUCAUACCGGUCCAGCCGGAUCUAUGACCCAGAACCCRACUGGAACCAGUACCACUGGGUUCUGUCGGCUCGGUUCUGUCCGGGUUCUGACCCGCUGUGCUCCUGCAGGAAGGUGGUUCUGCCCUGCGCGUCGUUCUGUGAGGCGGCCAGGGAAGGCUGUGAACCCGUCCUGCAGAUGUUCAACGCCUCCUGGCCCGACUUCCUGCGAUGCUCCCAGUUCAGCAAGAACGCCUCGUCACCUUCGUCACCUUCAUCACCUUCAUCGCCAUCAUCGCCGUCGCCACUGUCGUCGCCCAUGGCAACCAGCAGCCUGACGCCUCCUGCCUGUUUCUCACCCCGUCAGAUUAAGGGAAAACCCUGUGAGUCACAACCGCACACCUGCUGCUGCAGGUNCCCCGGCGACUGCCCCCCCUGCAGCCAGAUGCUCCGCCAGCGCUGCCACUGCCGGAUCAGCACGCUCUACCUGGAGUGCAGGAAGCUGACGGUCGCCGACGAGCCAACCAGGAUCCAGCUGGGCUCCUGCAGCAACCAGUGUCCUAAAGAGCUGAGCUGCGGCCAUCGCUGCAAACAGGUGUGCCAUCCAGGUGUGUGUGAGGAGACGUGUCAGCAGAAGGUGAAGCUCAGGUGUCCAUGCAAGAGGAUCAAGAAGGAAGUGAUGUGUUCUCUGGCGGCUCAGAGUGAACUUCAGUGUGACGUCGUCUGCAAAGACCAGAAGAGGAAGGCCAGCCAGGUGAAGGAGGCGGAGCAACAAGCCGCUCUGGAGGAGGAGCAGAAGAAGCUUCAGGAGGAGCUGGAGGCCUUUGAGAAGCGGCGAGGAGGUCGGAGGUCAAAGCGGCGCGGCCGGAGGGAGGAGGUGGACGAGGAGCAGGAGCGAGCCAGRAGGUGGAGGAGGAGGUGCRCCUUCCUCCUGCUGCCACUGGGGGGCGCUCUGCUGUCUGCCGCUGCCUACUACCUGCUGAGCCAGGCCUGAGGGGUCAAAGGUCACCCCUUUCAUCCAGAAGCUGCAGGGCGGUUCAUGUUUUCUUCUUCUUCGAUUUAAAUGAAUCCUCCAGAUCAGACGCUGGUCCUCCAGCUGGUAUUUCUUCCUCUUUUUCUUUAUUUCCUGUUGUAACUUUUCUUGUGGAUCAAACUGAAAAUGACCCCUGGACUGAAAAUGACCCCUGGAGCUCCACAGGAGGUCAGAAGGUCAUCUGUGUUCAGACCAAUCAAAGACGGCCGUUUCACACAGUACUGGAGAAAAAUGGUUUCCUGUAACAUCUUUAUUCUUUCAUGAUUUUCUUUCUGUUUUUGAGAAAUAAACCAUAAACUCUGACCUUUGA